GCUCUCCGAAGACCGCAGCCACCAGUAUCCGACCCCCGAUCCUCCCGCUCGGCCGCUCGCGCCGCCGUGCACAUAGCGGGCGCCAAUGGAGCGCAUCCACCUCGCGGUGUCCCACCGCCCGGCUCUCCCGCUUCCCACUCCUCACAACCACCUCCGCCGCCGCCAUCUCCAGCUGCAGCCCUCCGCUAAUUCUCUCUCCCUCUCCCGCCCCAUCUCCCCUCACAUCUCCCUGGCCACACGCCGCCACCUCCAUCCUCUCCUCGCCUCCGCGUCCGCCACCCAAGCUUCAAGCCCGAACACUGAGCCCGCACCGGCGCCACCCCUCGCCGCGGCCUCGUCCGGCGCGAAGCUGCUCCCACUCGUCGCCUCCAUCGCGGUCGGCCUCGCAGUGCGAUUCCUGGCGCCGCGGCCCCCCGAGGUGACUCCGCAGGCGUGGCAGCUCCUCUCCAUCUUCCUCUCCACCAUCGCAGGGCUCGUCCUCGGGCCGCUCCCAGUCGGCGCGUGGGCAUUCCUCGGCCUCACUGCUACCGUGGCCACGGGUACGCUCCCGUUCACGGCGGCGUUCGGGGCAUUCACCAACGAGGUCAUCUGGCUCAUCGUCAUCUCCUUCUUCUUUGCACGGGGGUUCGUCAAGACCGGCCUCGGCGACCGCGUUGCCACCUACUUCGUCAAGUGGUUGGGUGGAAGCACUCUGGGCCUAUCCUACGGUCUCACCAUCAGUGAGGCAUGCAUCGCGCCGGCCAUGCCCAGCACCACGGCGAGGGCUGGAGGGGUGUUCCUUCCCAUUGUCAAGUCGCUGUCGCUAUCGGCCGGCAGCAAGCCGAAUGAUCCAUCAGCGAAGAAGCUGGGUGCCUACCUUGUGCAGUCUCAGCUGCAGGCAUCUGGCAACUCCAGUGCUCUCUUUUUGACCGCUGCUGCGCAGAAUCUCCUGUGUUUGAAGUUAGCGGAGGAGGCUGGUGUCAAAAUUGCAAGCCCUUGGAUAUCAUGGUUCAAGGUUGCAAGUUUGCCUGCCAUCAUUUCGCUUUUAGCAACACCUUAUUUGCUAUACAAAAUAUUCCCUCCAGAAAUAAAGGACACUCCUGAUGCCCCUGCAUUAGCUGCUCAAAAACUGAAUAAAAUGGGCCCAGUGACGAAAAAUGAAUGGGUCAUGGUUGCUACAAUGAUUCUUGCAGUCUCACUCUGGAUAUUUGGGGAUGCUAUUGGUGUGUCGAGUGUUGUUGCUGCAAUGAUUGGGCUUUCAAUUCUUCUUCUACUUGGAGUGAUGAACUGGGAUGAUUGCUUGAAUGAAAAGUCUGCGUGGGACACCUUAGCUUGGUUUGCUAUUCUAGUGGGAAUGGCAGGGCAGCUCACUAACCUCGGGAUUGUAUCGUGGAUGUCAAAUUGUGUUGCAAAGGUUCUUCAGUCUUUCUCAUUGAGUUGGCCUGCAGCAUUUGGUGUUCUUCAGGCCUCCUAUUUCUUUAUUCACUAUCUGUUUGCAAGCCAAACUGCACAUGUUGGAGCUCUAUACUCGGCGUUUCUUGCCAUGCACCUAGCAGCUGGUGUUCCUGCUAUACUCUCAGCACUUGCUCUGACGUACAAUUCAAAUCUCUUUGGAGCACUAACACAUUAUAGUAGUGGGCAGUCUGCGGUUUACUAUGGAGCUGGAUAUGUUGACCUUCCUGAUGUAUUCAAGCUGGGGUUUACAGCAGCAGCGAUUAAUGCUUUGAUUUGGGGAGUAGUUGGUACAUUUUGGUGGAAAUUCUUGGGGCUUUAUUGAGGGUUUCUCCGGUGUAAGUUGAUGAAAAUUGUUCUUUAGUGCACCAGAAAGCCCUAUGUGGCUCACCAUUCGGAGUGACCUCAUCUUUCUUCGGAGGUGCUUGGUGAAAUGUAUAAUAAGAGGGCGAUGUUCACCACUCAGAACUUUGAACAUGCUACAUUUGUAAAGUGAUCUACCCAGAAGGGUUCACAUAGUUUUCAAGACUGCAUUGUAUCUCUGUUUCGCAGAACUAAAUGCAACACAGAAGGGUUCACAUA